ACAUAAAAUAUGAGUGUUCGAAUUAAAAUUAAUCUUUUUUGUUUCAUCAACAAAGAAGAAGAAACGAAAGUGUACUGAACGCAAAAUCAUAGAGAAUCAUCUAAACGUUCAAUAUCGUGGAGAAAUGUUGAAAUAUAUAUAAAUGUGUGUUGAAUAUGUACGUAAAUAUAUAAGCAAAAUGUAUAUGCGAAAUUUCUGUAUACGAUGAUCUUAGAUACAAUCGGCAUAAAUUUUUAGAAUAAGGUUGUUGAGUUUGACGCAUAUAAUUUUUAUAAUAAACGGAAAUAUGGAAUUAGAGGAGCAAGAAAGAUCUAGUAUACCACCGGUUUUUCAAGGACCGAUUGUUAUCACGGUACAGCCACAAGGUGAAAAUAACUCGGGCAGAAGACCAAUACCAAUAUCUACUAUGGACUGGAUCUCAACACCUAGAUCACAAUUGAAUGUACUCUCGGGAACGCAUUUCUUAGCUGGAGUUGAACAAUUGGAAAUUCAAAGAAUAAUCAAUUUUAACGGCCUAUUUGGAUUAUCCGGAAAUAAGAAACAAUAUAGAGUGAAAGUACCAAAAGGUGAAACAAUCUUUUUAGCUACGGAAUCUCGUGCGGACAACGAAGAAAGCUACAUAUGUAGAGUUGCAGAUUUUACAUUAAUUUUCUUAGAUCAAGCUGGAGAAACGGCGUUUGUUAUAAAGAAGAAUCCUGUAUGGAAAUAUAUGCCUGGACCGGUACACAAACUUACGGUAUCGAGUACGGAUUUAAUUGGGAGUGUGGAACAAAAUUUCUCCAUCUUGGGCCCGAGUUUUACCGUUUACGAUCCUUCACGGAAACCUUUGUGUAAUAUAUACGGACCGAAUGCAUGUAGUUGUUGUAUGUACAAGGAAUCACAAUUUCAGAUUAUUUCAAUCGAUGGUUCACAUCAAAUGGCCUCUUUAAUGCAUCAGUGGAAUAAUACAAUCCAUGAUUACACUUUUUUACUUACUUUUCCAUUAGAUCUCGAUAUAAGAUUAAAGAGUCUAUUACUUGGUGCAUCUUUUUUAAUGGAACACUUAUACUUCGAAAAUGUUAAGGGAACGUGAGAAAAUGAACGAAGAAAAAUUUUAAUCGAUUUAUUCAUACACGAUUAUUUGGAAUAAAGUACAAUCAAGUGCAAUUAAACUGUACGACUCGAUUUAAAAAUGGCGGCUAUAUUCCCGCUUCGUUUGACAACUUUAAGAAAUAUAUAUUUCUCAUUGUCAUAUAAUACAGAGGUAUGCGAAAUUUUUAUUGAGAGUACGAAUGAGAAUCUACAUAUUUAAGGUGAAUUCAUUGAAAUUCGAACGAGUUUUUGAGAUCCUAGCGCCAUCCAGCAUAAUUUUUAAGAAGCUUUAGUACUCAGAGCUGCAUUAAAUAAGUUACAUACCACAUGGUUAAUCAUGUUUAAUUGUAAAAAACAGGUCCACCACAUUUCAAUUCUCAAAAAAUGUUUUCUAAGAUAUAAAAUAUAUUCCUAGAAAUGCGAAUAAAAAACUGUUUCGUAUCCAAGUAUACAAUCGAAGAAAAAUAUUUGGGAAAUAUAACUAUCAUAUUAUUUGGGGAUUUACAUACGUAAUUAGCUCAUUGUUUUGUUGAUAAUUGACGCUCUCAUCAAGAUGCAAUGGUGCAGUCUAAUAAUUUUAGGAUUAAAACUUUUUUAUUCGUUUCUUUAUAAAAUUGUAGAUUUCUAUUAGAUAUAAAAACACAUAUGGUUUAUACAAUUCGUAUGUAUGUGAAAAUAUAUUGCGUAAGGUUUCUUAGAUUUCGUUUAUCACAAUGAAAAUGAGUAUCAUAAGAUAAAAUGAUGAAAAGGGUCUGAUAAUUAAAAGCAAUUAGUAAAAAACAAUAAUAAUAAGUUCAUAUGCCAAAAAAACGAACAACUGUAUCGGUCGCCAGUGGCGCAUACAGAAUUUAAUUGUUUUAUCGGUAGAUGCAGUAUUGAUCCUAGUCAGCUGACGUUCAAUUGUUCGAACAAACAAAGGAAAAGUAAACAUCAGAGAAUUGCGAGGGGCGGGUGAACGUAUCGGUGGCUCGAAGACCCAACUAUGUGAAUAUUACGAUCGGUUGAUUCUAAUUUAACAAAAUUACCGAUACGAUCAAAAUGCGUGUUCUGUAAACUCAUAAUUACUGUUACCGAAGGAAGAAGGACUAUAAUAAGCUAGCGAUUAAUUCGCUCGUAGUAAUACGCAGUGAUAAAAAUGUUUCACAGAUUAUAUAUUGAAAUAAAUUCGAUUGAACGGACUAAUAAAGAUAGAAAAGAAAGAAA